GAGAGAGAGAGAGAGAGAACGGGGUGCAGUGCAGAAAGUAGAAAGUAGAAACAGAAAGUGGAUAGGGUGGAGGAAGAAGAGAGUGUGAGUGUGUUGAAAUCAAGAUGCUCCGAAUAUGCAUGUCUGGAAGCAGAUCAGAGAUAGGGAAGCGGGGAAAUUACGAGCAGAUUCUUUCGCGAAUAGCAUAAAGUCGAAUCGUAUUUCCCAACUGGAAUUGUCGAAUCACAAAGACCUUGUUUCGGCUCACAAAGGCGCCAUCAACUCCCUUCAGAUUGAUUUGACAGAAGGAAGAUAUUUGUUAUCUGCUGCAUCGGAUGCAUCCGUAGCUGUUUACGAUGUUCAACGCCCCAGCGAUUACGAAGCAGGUGGUGCCAUAUCCAAACACAGGUGCAUUUUUUCCGUUGACAAGCAACACCAGCUCGCCCAUAAGUAUGCCGUAUCCUCAGCUAUAUGGUAUCCAAUUGACACAGGAUUAUUCAUCACUGGCUCAUACGAUCAUCACAUCAAUGUUUGGGACACUAAUACCACCCAGGUGGUGGUGAAUUUUAAAAUGCCUGGAAAGGUCUAUAGGACUGCAAUGUCCACAUUAUCAACAUCUCACAUGCUUAUCGCUGCUGGAACUGAGGAUGUCCAAGUUCGCCUUUGUGAUAUUGCUUCCGGGGCAUUUGCUCACACUUUGUCUGGUCACCGGGAUGGAGUAAUGACUGUUGAGUGGUCUAAUUCAAGUGAAUGGAUCUUGGUUACUGGGGGAUGUGAUGGUGCAAUACGUUUUUGGGACAUCAGGCGUGCUGGCUGUUUCCUAGUUUUAGAUCAAUCUCGGACUCAGCUUGGAAGACGUCCACCUAUACUCAAAUGCCCCAUUAAGGAUUCAAGUACAAAAUUGCAUGCUGCACAAAAGAAACUUGCUAAUGGGAGUGGUAGCAGACAACUGCCAAUUGGUAGAGUUUCAUCCAAGGGACCAAUGAAGCAGAGACUACAUCCAGGAAUGCUGUCUACUCAGGAUCGUGCAACUGCUCAUUAUGGUGCUGUGACAGGGUUAAAAGUAACAGAGGAUGGCUUGUAUCUCCUAAGUGCAGGGUCUGAUUCAAGAUUGAGGUUGUGGGAUGUUGAAUCUGGCUGCGACACACUUGUGAACUUUGAAACAGUCCGCCUGCAAACAAACAAACCUAUUCAAUUAGCCACCACUCAAGAUUCAACCCUUGUUUUUGUUCCAUGCAUGAGAGCUGUGAAGGCAUUUGACAUGUGGUCUGGGAACACACAUGCAAUAUUACGUGGCCACUAUGAAUGCGUGAACUCUUGCUGGUUUAAUGAACAAGAUCAGGAAUUAUACACCGGCGGAAAUGAUAGACAAAUUCUUGUCUGGUCACCUGCUAGAUCAAUUGCUGAUGAAGUGGACGAAGGACCUGCUGAGGAUGAGGAUAACUGGAGUAACUGAGUUUUGCCUGCAUUAGUGUCACAUCUUUUCCUUUUUCAAAUUCUUCUGUCACUUUUGUUAGAUUUUUGUGGGAUUUGUAAAUGCAGGCUUGUCCUGGUUUUGGAGCAUAUGCGUAAGGCUUAAAAGUAUAAACACUGCCAAACUGUAUACUUGUAGUGCAGAUAGUUUUUUUUUUUUUUUUUUUUCAUUUUCUUUUAAAUUGCGUCAGUGUAAAUGUUGAAUUGACUCCUGUCCUUGUAAGUUAUUGCUUAAACACUUGUUUCGUAUUGCUUUG